UCUCCAGUCGCGGUUGCGCUCAUUGCACAUACGCGUAUCCUGCGCAAACUCUACGUACGUUAAGACCAAGGGGAACUCGAUGGGCAAUGUCCGCGCUCACUGGUUCAAUGGAAUUCGGACUGGUUUCCUGUGUUUCACGCUACGCGAUGUGAAAAGAAAGUACUGAAACAAGCCGGGUAAAUUGAAUUUGUGAUCAUUCACGCCGACGGGCGGCUAACGACGGGUAAAAACUGCAAUGGAGAUGCAGCGCUCCGGCGUGACACUGAGGGGUUGACUCGUUGAGCGACUCCAGGUAUGGAUGCUGUGAAACUAAUUUACUGAGACUUUUGGAACUUUUUUUAGAACAGACAGCGGGUGUGCCCUUUGAACCCCGUGUCUUCUGGGACGCGGGUGUGGUUUGUGCCCGGAGGACCGGACGGGAUUGGAGGGAUGUGCUCCAGGGGCCGUGCCCACUCUCGGCCGCCCUCUGCCAGCGGCUCCGGCCACAGUUCUGGCACCCAGUAUGCAUUGUGCACGCUGGGUGUGGGUUUGGUGGCCCUGGGAGCGGUCAUGAUUAUAUGGACCAUUGUGCCCUCGGAAGCGGCGCACAACGACAGUAACGGCACCGUGACCGGCGGAGGGGUGCUGGAUCCCAACGGGAAAACUUCAUCGGUGGCAUUUGUGCUGGUGGGUGCUGGUACAGCCAUUCUUCUUCUCGCCAUCUGCCUGGCAGUGAGGAGCAAGCGGCAGCAGCAGCAGCACAGGGAGACUCAGGCCAACAAUGCUCCAUACAUGAAUUAUACACCAGGGGAGCAAGCGGAGUCGGCAGAGGAGCCAGGUCCCAACUACGACGUGCCCACAUAUGAGGAGGCAGUAACCAGUGGACAGUACCCUGUGCGCCAAAGCAACCUACGCAUGAGCACCUCCCAGCUGCCGUCCUACGAAGACCUGGUGGAUGCCGUGGAGAAUGAUGGCGAGUCGCAGGAACCCUCCCAGCCAAGCCCCGCCCCCGCAGCAGCUGUUGGCCCGGCUCCUUCCCGUCACGGUAGCCGCUCCAGCCGCAUCCUGCGACCCUUCCGCGUGCGUCGUAUCAAGUCUGAGAAACUGCACCUAAAAGACCUCCGUCUUAACAUCCGUGGGCCAUCGCAGGCCGAACCUGUUACCAUUGAGCCUCUGACUCCACCUCCGCAGUAUGAGGAAAAGAUGCCCGAAUUCUCGGUCCCGAAUUGAGUGACCACCGCCCCCAUGCGCCUCCCUGGUGUGGCCAGAUGCCCCUGCGAGCUCUGUCCCACCCCACCGCAGUCCCUGGGAGGAUAAACUGCUGCAAGGCAGAGGUGAAAAGAAGUCAUGUUUCUGGAUUGCACCAUCACGUGUGUGGGAUAAAACUGAAGGUCGAACACAGAAGAACGCAGCGCAAAGCUGAGUACAGUACAUGGUCUUCCUUCCCUGUGCAUGAUGGGUAAAUCUCAGAAUGGGCAGAUGUGGGCUGGAGCCACUCUGAGUGACUACGUGUAGAGCUGAGAAUCACUAUCUGGUUAACUGUAUAAAAUUCACAAUGAUACCAUUUAGAUGGAACGUUCGGCUAUGAUUUUUGGCAGCGUGACUCAAAUUUCAGAAGGGUGAAAUGGUUGAACUGAUAUUUUUAACCAUGUAAAAUCAUUUCUACUAUAAAUGAUAGUGUUAGUUGCACUACAGCAGCCCUCAGAUUAAUUAAGUAAAGAGAGACCAUCCAGUCAUAAACUGUGGCAUUAACUAGAAUCAGCUACAUCAUUAACUAACGGGACUGACAGCCUGGAAAAUAAACCGAGGGGAGGUGACAUCAUGGAUUUUUUUUUUUUUUGGUAAUUAAACAAACACACCUCCAACAAAAUGAUGAUUUAAUGACCCAGCGGAGACCGAGGCCCGGUGCUUGCUGCACGCUCGUGCUGACCGGUCAUGGUCCGCAGGGGUCCGUACUGCUGGCACUCUGAAUAAACUGACCUCUGUCUGUAAUCACUGGUAAACUGACAUUUGGGGACAACCACUGUAAGAGGGUAAAACCUGUUAAAAUCCAAAAGAUGAUAUAACAGUGAGAUAUAUAUGUGGAGAAAGUUAACUGUCAGGUGGAUAAUCGAGUACCAAUCGAUACCGUUGAUGAUGUUGCCGUAAAAUGGAAUUUAAAUAUUAGAAACUAUAUUAACACAUUCUUUGGUGAUGUUUUGCAGAGAUGUGUUAAUGUUUGUAGUAAAUCACUGUGGUUAAGCUGCAUAACUCAUUUGCCUAUCCAGAAAAAAUCUUGUUUGAAUAAGGUGCAAAAACAAAAUUCAUUUAAU